AAUUAACGGACCAGAGAGCGUUGGGGCAGCCAUCGCUGACUGGCUGGCUUGGUUUGGGGCUUUGUGUUUGGUGGGCAUAUCGCCGGGCUUCCCUCGAAGUUGACGCCGCUCUCCGUUUCACAGCCUCCCCUGACAACAGCCCAGUGAACGCGGAACUUUCAGCUGGGAUCCGUCAAGGCAGCUCGGGGAUCCAGGGGACGUGUCGCGUCACUUGUCAGGGAACCAAAUAUCUGGUGUUAGAUGUCAGCACCAGUCAGAGUCACACUGACUUUCUUCUGCUAUUAUCAUCGAUCUUAGCCAAUCACAUGGAGAAGCUCCAGGAUUUGGGCCAAUCAGAGUUACAGGAGCUCCUCGACAACCCAGAGAGGGUGGAGUCCAUGGCUCUGGAGUCUGACGAGAUUCAGAAUAUCCAGCUGGAGAGAGAGAUGGCUCUGGCAUCCAAUCGCAGCCUGGCAGAGCAAAACCUGGAUAUAAAGCCUCGCUUGGAGUCCCUGAAGGAGGCGUUGGUGGCCAGAUACUCUCAGCUAGAGGCCGUCAGAGAAACCUACAGACAGCACUGCUCCCAGAGAGAUGGGAUGGUGGGCCAGGUCUCUCCCGAGGCAUUCUUCUCCAGACUACAGACAGAAAGUGAAAAAACAGAGUCGGAGUCAGAGGCUCUGGCUGAUGAUUUUCUGGAGGGCUCCCUGGCGUUGGACUCCUUCUUCGAGCGCUUCCUCCUCCUGCGCUCACUUGCUCACAAAAGACGUGUGCAGAUGGAGAAACUCCAAGAAAUCCUGCGACUGAGGGACAAGAGCAAUCCCACUACCAUGACAUCAUCAGCAGGCGUCACCCCAAACCCUGUCGUCACGCCCUCAUCAUGGAACCUACCAACAACAACAGCAACAACAACAAAUCCGCAGCAGCCAAACGCCAACCCUCAGUCCUCCAGAUACCAAAACUCCUCUCAGUCAGCCUCCUCCUCUGCAGUUGGAACUCCUGGGCUUCCGUACAGCCCGUACCCUGCUUCCCCUCCUAACCCCGCUUCUGCAGUGGCAACAGUAGGGCCGAUCCCAAACAAUCCACCAUCACAGUUCAGCCCUUACCCAAGUUCUGGCUCAUCUUUCACCCCAGCUGCAGGCUACUCUGGGCCCAGACCUGCUUUCGGGCCUCCUCCCUCCGUCUCCUGCCCGUACCCAACCCAGCACCCCUUUCCUGCUCCACACCCUGGCUCAGCAUUCGGCCAGUACACCCCCAGCCACCCCACCGGUGGCCAAGCCCCCUAUCCAGCCUCCUACAGCUACGGGGGCUACAGCUACCCAGCCGGGCCGGCGUAUUCCAAUUCUCAGUCUCCAACAGGGAAGCCCAUCUACAGAGCGGGAUACGGAGUUCCCCAGCCAUACUCCUGAGAACGCUGCUGCUGCUCGGCCUCAGUUCCUACACUUCUUUCUCUCUCUCUCUUCUCUUCUCUCUUGCUAAUCUGACUUCCUUGAGAUUUUUUUCUUUUUCUCUACCCCCUCUACCCUGCUUCCUUUCACACACACAAUCUCACACUCCAGAGGUCUCUUGCUUUACUUAACUUUGUUGCACUAUUUCAUUAUAUCAGUCUAAAGCAUCUGUCUUUAUAGUCCUCCCCCCCCCCCCCCCCCCUGCCCCUUUGGCCCAUACCUCCCCACCACCACACUAGUCUCAGGUUGUUGCAUUGCUUUGAGGUGUUCAAGCACUUGUACGUGGCUCUUCACUCCCCCACUGUGUCGCCUUUGCCCUUGCUCAUCUCCCUGUUGAAGUGAUGUUCUGUCCCAGUCAGAAGGUUCCAUUAUGUGAACUCCCCCGUCACGUUCAUGGCAAAGAUGAGUUGUUGUAACACUACAAACAAUGUGAACCAGCUGUCUGCUUCAAAUGCAUAUUUAUUGUGAUGGAACAUCAUAAGAAACUGAAUACAGGUGGAAUUGAAAAGUCUGUGGCUACAGCAAAGCAUGGUUUCUUUAUUAAGUUCAUAUCAGGUGUAGGGUUUUAAUGCAGCUUUGGCUUGUUCUGCCCUUCGAUUGGCUCUCUGAGUGGCAGGUGAAUGCCUUCAAGCAAUAGCUUGUGUGAGAGGAUUUUACAAUAAUCUCCCAAAUCAGUCCCACUUUCUGUUUUUAGAAACCAAAGAAACGUCAUUUUGUUUAAUCUGCAGGUUCAAGGCAUUUAUCAUUUGCAUGUUUAAAUGGUCCAUUCCAUUGUUUUGAGUUGUCUCGGGAGCGAUCAGAUCUCACUGGUUUUAGAGGGGGAAAAAAGUCUUAAUACUCUAAUAUUGAAAAGUGAUUACAAUUGAAUUUCCUGAAGACCCCGCUGAAUUUUUCCGUUGGAAAUAAGAGGAUGAUCUGUUGUUCCCUUGCCACCAGGCUUUGCCAACAUUGCUGUUUGUUGCGGUGUACUUUGGCCUAUAGCAACCCCCACUGAACACACAGCCCACAUUGAGAGAUACACCUAAGAGUCAUUUUCUCCAUUUAUUAGAUCCAGAAUUCUAAUUGGGAAGAAUUCACAGUUAAGCUAAUUGGAGUUCCUUGUGGUUAGGCAUGGGCUGGUCACCUCAUUCACACCAGAGCUCAUAUUCUGUGUGUUAAACACGUUUUACUUGAAAACUGCUAAAUGUAGAGUAAAUGUUUUCUCUAUUUUUUGACCAAAAUCAAAUGUUGCUUUCAAUAAUAUCAAUUAGACCAUGUUAUAUAUUGUUAAAUGUAGAUACUAAGAUAUUCUGCCUUGGGAACCUCCUACCAGCUCAUGCCUACUCCUGACACAACCUAUUCAGUUGAGGGCAAUUCAGUUUAAAAGGGAUAUUUUCAACUAAAUUCACCAACACGCAAUGCUGAAUCCUACCACAGUGCACUUGUAAGCUAAAUAAAAAAAUAGAUUUAGUGAAACAGCUCAUCUUUUGAGUAUCCACCACUGCCAUGUAGUUCUAAGUACUCUGUUUGACCAGUGUUCACAUGAUUCAGAACUCUUGGUUCUGUAAAGCUAAUUCCUAGUUUUCACUAGGAAGAGGCGGUCCAGCCUCAUCCUAGUGAAAACCUGGCUCUCUAAUUGGUUUGGCUCCUUCUUCAGGAAUCACUGGACUAAGAGAAUUAUAUAUUUUUGUUUAACCCGUUUCCCUUGGUCAUUGAGACCAAAACAAAGCAAAUUAGCGCUGCAUCAAUUAUCACAGCAAGGUGGCGUUCCAGAAUCAGAUGAGUGCUAGGACUGUGGUUUUUAACACACCUGGGCUGUUUUAAGGUCAUUUCAGUGGUUGAUUCUGGGGCCCCAGGCUCUCUGGGCCUGAAGGUGUUGUGCAUCCAAAUAUUUUGUGUCCCUGUGGGUACUCCCUCUCACUAGGAUGCCUCUGCACCACCAGGCUUCAUUUGGGUUUCUUUAUUUUGAAAAAAAAAAGAUAAGCAUGUACCCUGCAAAAACUUCCUCCCCAAGACUUCCUUAGGAACAAUGACUAAUAUCGUAACAAAUUUCAAACCCCCAUUUUUCUUUUCAAGUGCAAAGUCAAACCUCGUGAGCCGUUAUUAAAGCAACACAAGUACAAAGGAUUUUUGAAGGGAGCAGUUUUGAAAAAGUAAACCUCUUGCUCAGUAUAAGAUACAAACAACUCAACAAUCUAAAGUUAUCGUCCUUCUCAUGAUGCUUGAGACAGACCUGGACUGCAUGCUGGCCAUCAGGUGCACACAGUCUGUGGAGCUUCUCUGUAGCAUUUAGAUGUUUCCCUGCUUUGACACACACUGACUGGAAAAUUAAAGCUGAUUAGUUGCUGCUAUAUAAACAUGCUGGACAGAUAAUUCAUGCAUUGGAAACUGGUUUUGUGUUUUGUACCAAAAAUAUUCAAGUCAUCAAUUCUUUUCUGAAAUGGUUUGAUGCAAUUUCUUGAUUCAUGGCCAUUCCAGACCCAGGUAUUAGACUGAACAGCAUCUGUUUUUCAGCCUUUACUUAAAAUUUACUGGGAUGUGCUUCCGAAGAUCUUUAUUUUUCAGUAGACAUUAAAUACAGUAGAGAUAAUCUCCUUUGUACUUGUCUUUCAAAUAAAGGUUCAGAUAAAUUUAUAAUUACAGUUCUUGUAUAUCAGCACUUAUGCUCUGAGUUUUCUGAGCCUAAAUGCUGUCUAAUGUCACCACUGUGGCAAAAAAGGGUUUUAUCUAUAUAACAGAAUUUUUGGGGAUGAGGGAAAAUGGAUGAAAGUGGUCAAACUGAAGACCAAAUCAAAGUGAAAUGCAGCCCUGCUGUAUAGCUGUCCCCCUGCUGACUAGACACACCCGUAAAACGGUGUAGAAUCAGGGAAAGAUCAAGAUCACAAGGUGGUGGGAGUGUUUUGGAGGGCCCAUCGGUUACCCACUAAAAUUAAACCAUUCAACAGAACCACAGUUGGUUUUGGUUUAAACUAGAGUGAAUGAGCGACUCCAGCAUAGAAUCUUUAAACAGUGUUUUUCAGGAAGAAUUACAUUCUGCUGCAUUGUAUGUCUUCUGGUGUUUUUUUGACGUUGGCUUUACUUUGCCCUUCACGUGUUGACUGGGCGUCAACGAACGCUUAACCGUCCAAGACGGUGGAUGGAAGAAUCGUCAGUGUGACAUUUCUGUUCAAACCACAAGAACCAUGGUGUCAAUGACAUGUAAAAGGUCUACCAACACUAUCAAAAGCACAGAAAGACAGUGCUGAGAAAUUCCAAGUUAUUCAAAAGGUUCCUUGUCCUAACAAUUGAAGUGAUUAUGUAGGGUAGUCACUCUUCAAUAAAAGCAGUGGGACAGGAAAUGGAAGUGUUCACCACCAAAAGAAGCUGCCUGUCGUGAUCGGAGCUCAUUCCUUCAGUCUUAAUGUUUCACAGAAACCAGUAUCUGUCUGCAGAAGAACCUGCUGUAGUCCAACAUCGGUGCUGGGCGGUGUGCACUCGCCUGCUGACUGUCCAGCAGGAACAGUCUCACGUGGAACGAUCAGUAAAUGUUGAUGUGCUUUUUAUUUUUUUAUUUUAUAUUUUUUGAGACUGAUAAAACAUGGUUGGUCUGGCAUCCUCCUGGAUGAAGCAAAUCCGCCGAACUGCCUGGUGUCUUUCAGUGAAUAGCAGAAAGCAGCUGUGGUCCACAUGGUGGUGUCACAGCACUGAUAUGGUUGUGUUUCCAUCGGGAUCGCCUGUGUGUUAGUCGAGGCGUACCUUUUACUCGCCACACACACAGCCUAGUUUAAUGUGGGCUUCGAGUGAACGCAUUAAUGUAACUUCUUCACCUGACGGGGUGUAAACUCCUGAGAAAGGUUUGCUUUUAUGUCCUUAUGAAGAAUGAUUAUGCUAAGGACGUACUGGCCACUAGGCUUGGACAGUAAUAGUGAUUAUAGUGUUUUAGAAGAAGCACAAGAAAAAAAAUAUUAGAUUGGGUGAGAAUUUAUAUUAUUCUGAGGGUAAUGACAUUCAGAUGGACUGAUAUCUUCUGAUUACAAGAUAAAAAAUAUGUAGAUUGUUUAAAAUCUUAUCUCUUUUGUUGUGAAUAAUUAAACAUUCAUUUGAACUAA